UCUUUAAAAUUCUGUACGUAUACAACUGUUGUUGCUGUGAGGAGGAGGAGGAGGAGGAGGUCUUCGUACAAGAACGAAAGGAGGGCGUCCCUUUGAGAGACGAGCUCCGUUACUCUCGCCGUGGUUCUCAACGCUGUCAUUAUACUUGUGUGAAGAAUCUCGCCUAGUUUCAGUAUGGAACGUCUUUGGAUUACGAUUUUGUUGGCUUGCUGCACGACGUGGGGUUGGCGCGGAGUUUUUGCGGAGGAUUCGGCUGCAGGUUCGCAAGACGAACUUGCCCGGCACUACAAUUCAAGAUACUCAGUUUUCGACGAACCGUACAACGUCGAGUUCAAGUAUCACAACUAUGAUCAGAUGAGCCGAUUUCUGAGGGCCACUUCUCUUCGGUACCAAAAUCUGACCGCUCUCUAUUCCAUAGGGAAAUCAGUGAAAGGCAGAGAUCUUUGGGUGAUCGUUGUUUCGUCUUCUCCAUACGAGCACGUCAUUGGUAACCCGGAUGUCAAAUACGUUGCCAAUAUUCACGGAAAUGAGGCCGUUGGUCGAGAGCUUAUGCUGCAUCUUGUCCACCUCUUGGUGACCAAAUACGGAACCGAUCCCUACAUCACCUGGCUUUUGGACAAGACGCGAAUUCACAUAUUGCCCUCCAUGAACCCUGACGGUUUCGAGGUGUCGAAGGAAGGAACUUGCGAAGGUGGCCAAGGAAGGUACAACGCUCGUGGGUUUGAUCUGAACCGAAACUUCCCCGAUUACUUUAAACAGAACAAUAAGUGGAGUCAACCAGAAACGGAAGCCGUCAAGGAUUGGGUCUCGAAGAUACAGUUUGUACUCUCCGGAAGUCUUCAUGGCGGAGCUUUGGUCGCCAGUUAUCCCUUCGACAACACCCCAAACUCGAGAAUUUGUCGUUCGGCCCCGUUAUGCGCAGUGUUCCAGAGCUACAGCUCAACGCCUAGCAUAUCACCGGACGACGACGUCUUCCGUCACUUAUCCCUGACGUAUUCCCGAAAUCACGGCACCAUGCAUCGUGGUGCUGCCUGUUCACCGACCCAACCGGGAUUUAAAAACGGCAUUACGAACGGUGCCGAGUGGUAUCCGCUGACCGGUGGAAUGCAGGACUUCAACUACGUGUGGAACGGAUGCAUGGAGAUCACCCUCGAGUUGUCAUGCUGCAAAUAUCCACCAGCCGAGGAUCUUCCCCGUUACUGGGCCGAGAAUCGCGACGCACUCGUCAAGUUUCUAGCCGAAGUUCAUCGCGGUGUCCAAGGCUUCGUUGUCGACGAGAAUGGCAAUCCUGUAGAACGUGCCUCUCUCAAAGUGAAAUCGCGGGAUGUCGGUUUUGUCACCACUAAAUACGGGGAAUUCUGGAGAGUUCUUCUUCCGGGAAUCUACAAACUCGAGGUCUACGCCGACGGUUACUUGCCGCGAGAGGUCGAGUUCAUGGUAAUCGAGCAGCAUCCCACACUUCUCAAUGUCACUCUUCGCGCUACCAAGAGGCAAGACCACAUUGGCGGGAACCAAGGGACCGUGGGCGUAUACGCAGGACGACCAUCUGAAACCCACCGGGAGCAGAGACCAUCGCCUUAUUACACUCAGGGUCAUUACAGGCCGAAUUCAGGCGCAAACACGGCAGCCGGUGACAAUGGGAAUGGGAUUUUUUCUUCCAUCAGUAGCGGCUUCAACUCGAUUGUUACGAAUCUUUUCGGCUAGUUGGAGCAGCAUUGAACUGUUAUAAAAUUCAGACAAAUAGCCACACUAUUCAAUUAGAUAUUAUUUUUUAAAACCGCCACUGACGAUCGCGUAUAUGAUGAUUUAUUCACAUAUACGUGGAUUUACGAAUUUACCUACGCGUACCACAAUAUUGUUUAUAAGGUACAUACGUUAGACGCGUUACGUAUGCAUGUUGUAAGGAUUAUUUACCCGUAGGUUGUUUUACUUGUUGUUAAUUAAAUAUAGGGGGACCAAUCGAUCGAACAUCCAUGGAUUCGAUACAUAA